ACGAUCUCGCACCGUCGGUGAAAUGGCUGUUCAUGUACAAUAGAUUGAUUGUCAGGCGAACAAGAUGACAGACGUGGUCGCCAACGGCACACGGACGCCGGAGACGCCAAAGCCUUCACACAGCAGUCUCGCAUUGACCGAGUAUACCGCCAACCCGUCGCCUCCUUCGGCAACACCUCGAGACAAGGUUGUUGACGCCGGCGUACCAGAGGACUUCCUUUUACCUACGGGCUACCCAGACUAUCUCCGUCUGAUCUUGACCGCCAAGGUGUACGACGUGGUCGAGACGACACCCCUGACCCAUGCUGUUAACCUCAGUAAUCGCCUUGAAUGCAAUGUACUCCUCAAGCGAGAGGAUCUCCAACCGGUCUUCUCCUUCAAGCUUAGGGGCGCCUACAACAAGAUGGCCCACUUAAGCGAAGCCCAGCGCUGGAAGGGCGUUAUUGCAAGCUCGGCAGGCAAUCACGCUCAAGGCGUCGCCUACUCUGCCCGCAAGCUUCGCAUCCCCGCCACCAUCACCAUGCCUCUCGGCACACCAGCCAUCAAGCAUACCGCCGUCGCUCGUAUGGGCGGUAACGUUGUGCUACACGGCGCUGACUUUGAUGCGGCAAAGGCUGAGUGUGCACGACUCGCGCAGAUCCAUGGCCUGACGAACAUUCCGCCGUUCGACGACCCUUACGUGAUCGCCGGUCAGGGCACGAUUGGAGCCGAGAUCCUCCGCCAAGCUGAUCUCAGCCGACUCGAAGCCAUCUUCUGCUGCGUGGGUGGCGGUGGGUUGAUUGCCGGGACGGGUGUCUACGUGAAACGCAUCGCUCCUCACGUCAAGAUCAUUGGUGUCGAGACAUACGAUGCUAAUGCUCUAGUCCAGUCACUAAAGCUUGGCCGCCGUGUCACGCUGAAAGAAGUAGGACUGUUUGCGGACGGUGCUGCGGUCAAGGUUGUAGGCGAAGAAACCUUCCGUAUCUGCCAAGAAGUCGUCGACGACGUGAUCCAAGUCGACACCGACGACAUCUGCGCCGCCAUCAAAGACGUCUUUGAAGACACACGCUCGAUUCUGGAACCGGCCGGGGCACUCUCACUAGCCGGACUGAAGAAGUACAUCGAAGCGCAUCCCUCACCCGACCCAAGGCGACAGGUCGUCGCGGUCGCAAGCGGCGCAAACAUGAACUUCGACCGCCUCCGCUUCGUCGCAGAGCGUGCAGCCAUAGGCGAAAAGAAAGAGGCGCUACUCGCCGUUUCCAUCCCGGAACGACCUGGCUCCUUCGCCAAGCUCGUCGCAGCCGUAAACCCAAUGGCGGUGACAGAGUUCAGCUACCGCUACUCCUCACCCGCUCAUGCCGACGUCCUGAUAGGUAUCCAGCUUACUGCAUCAGCCCGGGACCGUGGUCUCAGAUCUCUAAUCUCCCGACUCGAAGCGGACGGAAUGCGCGCUAGUGAUCUAAGCGGCGACGAACUCGCCAAAUCGCAUAUCCGAUAUCUUGUCGGUGGGCGCUCGAAUGCGGAGAACGAGCGUCUGUUCAGCUUUGAGUUCCCGGAGCGGCAGGGCGCACUUUAUAAGUUUCUUACUACUCUGCAGCCCGGCUUCAACAUCUCGCUGUUCCAUUAUCGUAACUAUGGCGGAGAUCUGGGCAAGGUGCUAGUGGCGAUUCAAUGUCCGCCCGGCGCGGAAGCUGAGUUGGAGAAGUUCCUCAGGGAUAUUGGGUAUGGGUAUCGGGAAGAGACUGCGAGUGAGAGCUACAGGCUGUUUAUGCGAUACUGA